AUGGUAUUUGUUAUUUAUUAUUAUUUAGUUGAGCCAGAUCGUACAAUACUUAGGAUUUGUUAGAAUCCUUUAUUAGAAGCAAGAGCUACACUUAUCUUAUAAGGAGAAUUUAUAAACUAUUAAGGAAAAGAUUUAAAACCUUUAUUCAAAUCAAAAGGAAGUUGCUUUUUGGAAGACCUUCAGACAAAGUGAUAAUUAAUAUUCAUAAAGAACAUUAAAACAUUUAUUAUUUAAAUUCAUUCUUUAUAUUUUUUUAAUUAUAUCUUUUUUUUGCUCUAUACUUUAUUUUGAUUUCUUAAGAUUUAUACAAGUUUUUAAAAAGUAUUCCAUUUUUAGGAAAUGUAGGGUAUAUUUAUUGAGAUCUCCUUAUAUAUUAAUUAACAUUUAUAGAGAUUUAAUGUUAAAUGAUACUAAGCAAAAUGAGGAGAUUAAAAUAAAGAUUAAUUUUAAUUACUUAACUGAAACCUAACUUAACAAAACUGCAUGA